AAGACACUUUAAAAGAUCAGUUAACAAGAUGGCGGACCACUUCGACGAGAAGAGUGGAACUGUCCCGUCAAAAACUCCAUGGGGAAACUGGGCACAGACGAUUGAUGAAGUUUUCAUCGAGAUCACUGUACCAAAAGGAACCAGAGGAAGAGAAAUCGUGUGUGAUAUCAGUCCAAAAAACAUAAAAUUUAGCUUAAAAGGACAGGAAAUUUUCAAGGGAGAACUCUAUGGGACAGUUUUAGCCGAUGAAAGCACUUGGACAUUAGAAGACAAUGAGCUUGUAAGAAUAAUUUUGAUGAAAUCCAGCAGAGAUGCAGCUAGUGGCUGGAAAUCAUUGUUAGUUAAUGAAUAUUCUGCUGACCCAUGGACUUUCAAUGAAAUGGAAAAGAAGUUAACUUUGGAAAGAUUCCAAAAAGAGAACCCUGGAUUUGACUUUAGCAAAGCUGAUAUAACAGGAAACUAUUCUGGUGGGGGUCCAAAGUUCCCAAGCUGAGAGAACAUUCAACUAUAUUGAAACAUUCAAUAAGAGCCAACAAGAAAAGAAACUCAAUAAAGGAAGCAUUAGGUCUUAAUUGGAAAUAGUUACAGGAGCAAUAUCUUCACUUAUAGUGCCUGCAUCCUUUUAUGAAAAUGGGUGUCCAUUAGGCAUUACCAACUAAACACUGUAGCAAUGUUUUACUCAAUCUGAAAAAAUAUUGGUGACCAUAUUUCCUUACAUGUAAGAUUACUGGUUACUAACAGGGCCAUCCCUUCACAAUCAAAAGGAAGUGUGUAGUAGAAUCUAGCAAAUAAACCACAAGACAAACAAAGGAUUGAAAUUAUGGCUUCCAUCAUCAACUAUGUAUGUCAAACAACUUUAUUUUGAGUCCAAACUUCUAACUGUAGAGAUAUUUGUGAAGACAAACUGAAAGUGAAUGACACUAUUAAAAAUAAACUUUUUAUUUUUCAACUUUGACAUAAAGUUAUUAUCAUAUGACCAGUUCAGGCCCACUCAUGCAUGUGCAGGGCCGGACGGGUUGACAUGAGCCAGUCCAGAAAAAGCCAUCUGGUCCUACUGCCUUGAUGUCACUUUGCUGUCAAAACUUAAAGGAAACAAGAAAUGAGAGAAAAGUCAUAUGUUUGAAGGAACUGGGAGUUUCUUGUUCUGACUUUAGAAAAUAAAGGAAAGUUUCAAUUGC